AUGACUUCAAUUUCAACCGCAAGAAUUAACUCGGCUAUAUGGUUAAUUAGUCAAUACGGUUUAUCGAUACCACAAAAUGAAGAGGGUAUUUGUAGUGAUGGCAGAUUCAUUUGUCAAAUGGGAACAGAUGGUUUUAAUCACAUCAAUAAUAUGACAUUUGAAUCAAACCACAAAUUGGUAUCAAUAUCAAAUUUUUUCAGUCAAUCAAACCUCAAAAAAGUUCUUAUUUAUAACUCUCCAAUAUCAUCAAUGACUAUUGAUCAAACCACUUAUGCACCCAAACUAGAAAAUAUCGAUAUUAAUAUACGGUGUGAUCAAGAUCAGACGGUUACUUUUACCAACUCCUCAUUCCCAUUGUUAGGUAAUGCUCAAUUUAGAGCUGUCGGUGCAUCAACCAAAACUAUGAACAUUAUAAUGCAACGUCCUAUUCCAUAUUUAUCAGCAUAUGUCCAAGAUAAAACAUCAUUGGGUGCUGUGAACCCAACCAUUUCUUAUCCUGAAAGGAUUCUAGGUUUAGCAAUUGGAGGUCCAAACUAUGUAUUGUCACCAAGCGAUUUGGGUUUAUACACCAAUUUGGAGAUUCUCCAAAUUCUAUAUACUACCUCUACUACAUUCCCUAUCACUCCGUAUCCAAAAUUGGAUUAUUUGCAUGUAUCCCAUGCUGUCACCAUCAAUAGUUUAGAUUUAAUUUCUGUCAAUGGUGAAUACAACAUCACUGGUAAUAAUAUUGGGUGGGGAAGAGGAAUCGAUUUGGUUUCUGGUAUUUCUCCCAACCGGGAGUUAAUUGACACUGAUUUUACAUUCAAUAUUACUGAAGUUGGAUUCAUUUUUAAAUCACUUACCAGCACCAACAAUGUAUUCAACAAUUUUGAAUAUAAAAUAUCAUUUCAAUAUUUCAAUCCAAAGGCACUUCCAACGAUUAGAUUGAAUUCAACUGGAGAACAAUGUAAUAUAACUAGCUUUGAUGAAGCUACAUUUGAAAUAUUUUGUCUUCUCAUCAACCCAAAACAAGGAUAUGAUGCUUUCGUAAUUGAAAAUGCUUACCAUUCCGGCAUGUUAAGGGUAGACAUCCUCCAAAAACCUAUUGUAACUUCAUAUAGUUUGGAACCUCCAACCUAUCCACCUACCACCUUGAAUUUAUAUGGAUAUUUUACUACCAUUUCAUUCCCCAAUAAUACACAGGUCUAUGUCAAUUACACAAUUGAUUCGGAGGGAUUGAAUCCAUGUAAUGUCACUUUAGUCAGUCCAACCCAUAUUUCAUGCCUUUUCACUAAAGUUCCCAAACCUGGGCUCACAGAUAUGGCUCUUCUCACUGAGGGUGGUUCUUUCUUGUCAUCAACCAUGCCAUUUUUCCCUGCUCCAAUACCUACUGUCGACGAUUGCAAGAUUAAAACCAAUAAUUGUAAUGGUCAUGGUACAUGUACCAAUGGUCAAUGUCAAUGUGAUCAAGGUUGGACUGAUUUUGAUUGUAAAAUUGAAACUAAAACUGCCCCUGGAGUUAUAAUUCAACCAAAUUAUACAAAUCCAAUUGUUAAUUUUACGACAACUGGUAAUUAUUCAUUCUCUUUUAAUUUAAUGUCAAUUCAAGAAUUGGAUUAUGAAAAUAUUGUUAUCAAUGAAUUGGUAACUGAUAAAUGGAAUGUAUCUACCAAUGAAACUCAAGAUUUGACCAGUAUCUCUUAUCUAUUCAACAAUCAAAACAAAUCUUUAUUGUAUGAAUCAUUGGUUGUCAUAUCGCUAAUUGAAUUUUCAAACCAAUCAAGAUCAAUUGAUUUUGGUGGUGAUACUAUUCAAAUUGCUGGUGGAUCAAUCAAGAUUAGUGUCAAUAUUACCAAUUGGCCUUAUCAAUCACCAAUGUCAACUCUUAGAGUUAUAUUCUCAACGAUUAUCAACAACGAUCAAUCAAUUGUAGGAUGUGACAAUUCAAUCAACACCAUUGAUACAUUCCAACAAUCAGCAGACAAUGGAACACUGCAAUACCUCAGAGUAGUAAAAGACAAUGUUCAAUUCAUUGGUAGAUUCCUUGAUUUCAUGGCAUUUUCAAAGACUCAAGUUAUGAAUGUUACUAGCUAUGGUGACCCUUCCAACAAUCAAUCAUUGGCAAUCAUUGGUAUUAACAGUCCGAUAUGUUCUGUUUGUUUACUCGACCCAGAUUUCAGUGCAUUAGUAGUUGACCCAAACAACUAUGAUCAAAGUGGUUCUUGUGGUACAGCGUCUAAAGAUAGUGACUGGAAGAUUAUAGUUGCCAUUGUUGUUAGUGUAGUAGGAGCUGUUGCAAUCGUAAUAGGUGCUUACAUCUAUACCAAAAAGAAUAGAACCUUUAAAAAGUUAAAGAUAAUGAUCCAGAUGAAGAUGCAAACUCGUGAUUCAACAUCAUCAAAAUAA